AAAAAUGGGUUGUGACUUGUGACAACCCUUGGAGUAUUACUGACGCCAAAGCCAUCUGGGCCAUGCAAUUGGCCUGGGACGCUAUUUACCCCGACAUCCAACACACGGUUACCAUACACGAUCCGGUCUAUCUCGUGGCCUCCCAGCGUCUUUCAGAAUGGCGCAAUGGCUUCGGUUCCGCUGCCAUGGCCAUGAUCGAGCACUUCUUCGAAUCAGACACUGCUUUCCAGGCAUAUGCCGCUCGUCAAGCAUUUGCUAGCGACAUACUCACCAAUUUUGCGUUUCUCUACGAGGAAUUUGAGGUUAAUCCCUCAGAACUUCGUGGUCUCUUCCGCUCACCUUUUGUCGUGCAGAUGUUUGCAACCCACCUUAGUGCAACCCACACUGCUGCUGACAUUGAGGCGUUACGAGCACAAGAUGUGUCAGGGAAUGCAACAGACAUUAAGAAGCACCCACGGUGGGUGCUUUAGCCAUGAGUGCAGCGGCUGUUGAGCGCGCAUUCAAUAUGUGGGCUGAGAGGAAGAUCAACUGGGAUCCACCAGCAGCACAAUCUCAGGCAGGUUCUGCAGCUCGGAAGGUCAAGCCAAUUCGAGAUCUUAACAAGGCGACCGGCAAAAACAUCAGUAGCAGUGCGACGUUCUCCGAUGCGAACUGGGGCAAGGCCACUCGCUCUUAUGUCAAGUCCAUCAAAGCACUAAAACCGGCGACGAUGGACGAUAUAGCCACAAAAGCAAGUAUCUAUGUUCCUGGCAAGGAGCACGCUCAGCAAUCAGUGACGAGUGUGGAUGGGAACGAUGACCCUCGGGCUUGUCUGCUUGAUGUCUAGGUGACAUUCCCACUCUGAUCGCCUGUGAUACCUUGUUGCUUUGAUCAUGUGAAAAUCCAAAGGCCAAGAUCAUGUUCAUGUUCAGGGGGCGUGUUGGUAAAGACUUUCACACCACUGACACGUACUGACAGAUGGUCUAGGAAGGUGUACGGACGCUUGUAUGGACGCUUGUAUUUAACUCUCAUAAUUUGUCGUUUCUAUAUCUGUUUACUGCCUUUGUCUUUCAUUGCCAUAGGACCUCAACAUGUUCAAAUUCUAUAUUUCUUCCUGAAGCCA